AUGGCCAUUUCUGAACCCUUGGUGGCUUUCCUCUCUGUAGGUACAGACGUUUCCAGCUUGAGAAAGGCAGGCCCCAAAGAUCGGAGUGCACUGUUGGCUGAUAUCCAGCAAGGAACUCGCCUACGGAAAGUCACCCAGAUCAAUGACCGCAGUGCCCCACAGAUUGAGAGUUCUAAAGGAAUCAACAAAGAAGGAGGAGGGUCUGCAAACUCUCGAGGUGGAAGCACACCCCCAAGCCUGGGAGACCUGUUUGCUGGUGGCUUUCCUGUGUUGAGACCAGCCGGCCAGAGGGAUGUGGCAGGUGGCAAGACAGGGCAGGCCCCUGGCUCCCGCGCACCUUCUCCCCGGCUUCCCACGAAAACUCUCAGUGGCCCACUUAACCCUCCUGCAUCUCCCAGGCUAGGCAAUGCCUCCGAGGCUCAUGGCACCGCCAGGACAGUCCCUCCUCGCCCCAGCAUGCCUGCCCCACCGCCUCCCACCCCACCUCCACCUCCUCCACCCCUACCCCCACCCCUGCCCCCUUCCUCCCCCACCAAAGCUCCACUGGUGUCCCCACCUGGCCCGCCCACCAAAGGGAACCCCCCCAAGUCUCCCAGCCUCCAGGCCCAGUCACCCAAGUCCAGUGUGCAGGCCUUGCUGGUGCCACCAGUCCCUCCAGGAUCCCAGCCAUUCCUGCAGAAGAAGAGGCCCGGCCGAGGCCCAGGGACCAGUGGGGGGAAGCUAAAUCCACCCCCAGCACCCCCUGCGAGAUCACCCACCACGGAGCUUUCAAGCAGAAGCCAGCAGGCCCCAGCCUGGACCCCGACACAGCAGCCUGGGGGGCAGCUGCGGAACGGAAGCCUGCAUAUCAUUGAUGACUUUGAAUCUAAAUUCACAUUUCAUACUGUGGAAGACUUUCCUCCUCCAGAUGAAUAUAAACCAUGCCAGAAGAUUUACCCCAGCAAGAUCCCCAGAAGCCGUACACCUGGUCCCUGGCUCCACGCCGAGGCGGCAGGGCAGAGCUCGGAUGACAUCAAAGGCAGAAAUUCUCAGUUAUCUCUAAAGACACUCCGGUGAGAAGACAGAUGAAGCCAGUAUCCUGUGAACCGCCUGGGGGUCCGUAUCGCCAGAUGGGCAUCCCCAGGA